AUGGGUUUGCCAGGAUUCGUAGUGUUAAUUGCAGGUUGGAGUUUAUUGCUUUCGGCGGGUGCCGACAUCCCAGAGGAGGACGGUGUCCUGGUACUCACCGAGAAGACUUUUGACGGGGCGAUCAAGAAUAACCCAUUCAUCCUCGUAGAGUUCUACGCGCCUUGGUGUGGCCACUGUAAGCAGUUUGCUCCAGAGUACGCCGCAGCGGCAGGGAAGUUGAAGCAGGCCCAGCCGCCCAUUCCGCUCGCCAAGGUGGACGCCACUGUCGAGGGAAAGCUUUCGGAGGACUACGGUGUCAGGGGUUAUCCCACUAUCCGUCUGUUUGUGGAUGGUAAGGACCAGGAGUACACUGGUGGACGAACUGAGCAGAGCAUCGUCGCAUGGGUGCUAAAGAAGGCUGGACCUCCGGCGGUGCAGCUGACCGAUGUCGCGGCGGCCUCUGCUUUCGAGGCGAGCAGCACCUUCGUGGUGCUCGGGCUCUUCGACGAGGCCACGCCUCGCGCGCCCUUCGAGGACGCCGCCCGGCGGUCGGAGGACGUGAUGUUUGCGUACAGCACGGAGUCGGCCGUGGCGGCGAAGUACGGCCUGAAGCCGCCAGCCGUGCGCAUGCUCUUCCCGCACGACGGCAAGGAGGCGGACUUUGCAGGAGACCUGCAGAGCGCGGACGAGAUCGCCGCGUUCGUGAAGAGCUACAGGCACCCGCUGGUCACCGUCUUCAACGGCGAGACGGCGCCGGAUCUCUUCGAGGACGGCCGGCCGAUCUUGUUCCUCUUCCGCGAUGACGACGAGAAGGGGCGAGCAGCGGAGGCCGAGUUGCGGAAGGCCGCGGCGAGUUUGGGCAGGAGGAUGUUGGUGUCCGUGGCCGGCUCCAGCGAGCCCAUGGACCAGAGGCUCAUGGACUAUGUCAGCGUGGAGCCGGAGGAGCUGCCCACUGCGCGGCUGGUGGUGAACGCCGCGGCGGCCAUGACGAAGUAUCGCCUGGAGGGGGCGCUGUCCGAGGCGUCCAUGGCGGCCUUCGUCAAGGACUACGAAGCGGGCAAGCUCCGUCCGCACUUCAAGUCGGAGCCCGUGCCCACCUCGCCGUCUGGUCCGGUGCGUGUGCUGGUCGGGUCCACGUUCGAAUCCGUCGUCAAGGACCCGUCGAAGGACGUGCUGGUGGAGUUCUACGCCCCCUGGUGCGGCCACUGCAAGAAGUUGGAGCCCAUCUACAAGGCCGUCGCCAAUAGGCUCGAUGCCCUCGACACCCUCGUCAUUGCGAAGAUCGACGCCACUGCUAAUGAUGUGGAGGGUGUUGACGUGGAAGGCUUUCCCACUAUAAAGUUCUGGCCGGCGGACCAGAAGGACGAACCCCUCGACUACGACGGCGACCGCGACGAGGAGUCUAUCGUGGCUUGGCUGACCGAGAAGGCCACCCACUCUGUGGGAGGGACGAGAACCGAGCUGUGA